AUGAGGCCAAUUACCAUUCUCGUCGCUAUUGCUUCCGUCGCUAUAGUCCUCCAGGCCGCCGAGGCCGUCACCGGCGGGUGGCAGCCGAUAAAGAACCUGAAGGACAAACACGUUAGGGAGAUUGCCGAGUUUGCGGUGAUUACGUACGAUUCCGGCCUCGGCCCCAGAAUCGAGCCAUUGAAGCUCGUGAGCGUGGACGGCGGCGAAACGCAGAUCGUGGAGGGCACAAACUACAAGCUUUUAGUGACGGCAACGCCGGCCAACGAGAGUGUUGCCGCCGGGGGAGAUAUGUACCAGGCCAUUGUUUAUGAGAGCCUUUCUAAUGUAAAGAAACUAGUAUCGUUCAUACCGUGGGAUUAA